AUGGCAUCCAACGUGUUCGGACAGGCGAUAACCGAAGAAGUAGUGGAGAUGCUCUUCCCCAACGCCAAUCCAAUCACUAACUUGCACCGGGCAGAAGCAGCCUUGCUGCACAUAAACGCCGGGGAGAAAGCUACCAACGUGACCACGUUCGUGCACAACCUCAAGGCUGCGUGGGGCACGGGGACCUCCACACUGGGCAUGGUGUACAAUGCGACCGGCGGCACCAUAUCCCUCAUGCGUGCCCACUCGUGGGAAGGCAGCGCCUGGCGGGCAUCCUUCCCUCAGGUCGUCCAAAACGGGCAGUGGUUCGGCUUCCUCUUUGUCCGCAACCGCCUACUCGGCCCGGCUAAGGGGGCCCUCGUCUAUAGAGGCAGGGACAAUUCCGGGAGCAACCGUGAUUGGUUGAUCUCGUGGGACAACACCCGCAUGAAUUACCAAAACCACGUGUUCGCCCAGGUUCGACUGUCGACUAGUUUGAAUUCGUUGAACUGGGCCACCAUCGACACUUUAAUGCUGAGACAAUUUAACAAUUUUUCGGUUAGCGAAAAUGGAGGGUUUGCGAGCGUGGGGAUUGGCGCUGGCAGUUCACCCGAGUUUGUUGGAAUACUGUCGUUAGCCGGUUUGUCCCCUCGAGCCAUGACUCAUGCCACCGAUUUAAGUGUCAUAUAUCCGUCGCUCGACUCCAAGUACAAUGAUCUUGAUGCCACUGAAGAGGGUAUUGAUGCCACUGAAGAGGGUACUGAGGAGGACGAUAAGAAAUCUUCUGGUGCUGCUGAUGCUGCUCCUCCUGCUGCUGCUGCUCCUUCUGCUACUACUACUGAGUAG